UCUAACGCCACUUUUGCAUUCGACUACGACACCAAUUUAUUGUUUCACAGCCGGAUCAAUCAUACGUAUUCAUAAAACUCGAUUAGGCUACUCGCGUUUGGAAAAUACCACCUGUAACCGACGUGCCUUCGGCGAGCCACUUGUAGCUCGGUAGGUAGGGUUACUUCAACCAUCUGACGGCUACAUUUUAUACAAGUUGAAGUAUGAAACUAUCAACUUCGUACUAGCAGCAAAGGAACGGGCGCAUUGAAGCCUGGAUGGAGCGCACGAAACUCACACUACGCAGCUUGAGAGCUCAUCAUAUGUGCCUAAAAGUACUACUUUCACCUUGCCGUCCUGCCCAACCUACCUCGUCAAGGCAGCCGUAACGCCUCAUCAUCGACACCAGCAGCAGCAAUUCAGCAAAGUUACCUGCUGAGCCAGCGAUCUCACCACAGCAGCAAACGCCUGCAUCCCACCGCCCAACGCCAUCCCCGCCUCGGAGCCCCCUAAGCCCAUAAAGCCUUCGCAGCUCGCAGCCGGCCCCCUAGCCUCCUGCCAUGCAGCCCCAACCGCAGUGCGCCACCUGCCGCUGCCCCCCCGCGGUGCGCCGCGAGCGCUACAGCCUGGCGGACUUCCACGUGACGCGGCUGUACGGCGAGGGGCCCGGCUGGUCGGUUUGCGGCGCGGUGUGCAGGUGGUCAGGAGCUCAGGUGGUCCUGCAGACCUACUCUGAAGUGGGCAACCUGUCCGGCAGCAUGGCCCUUGCACUGGCCGCCGCCCACUCGCUGCCGUACCACCCCGCCCUGCUGCCGCUGUACGCGGUGUUUAGAGAGCCCGGGGAGCGGGCUGGGGCAGGCGGGGGAACAGGAGGAGCAGCAGGGGGCGGUGAUGACACGGUUGUGAUGGUGUACCCUGGAGGUCCGGCGCAGCGCCCCCUGGACUGCACCGGCAGCGGCGGCAGCGGCGCGCUGGGCAGCAGCAGCCUGGGCGCCCUGGGCCCCGGUGGUGGCGGCGGCAGCAGCUACCCAGUCAGCGAGCGAGGGGUGGUCCGGGGACUGCUGCAGCCGCUGGGGGAGCUGCUGGCGCUGCUGGGGGGAG